AUGCCGAAAACGAGUGUAGACGAUAGUGCUACACAAACUCUGGGUAGGACGCAUUAUUUCUCUGCCAUGCUUGAGCAGCUGAUCAGUAGUCAAGCAGAGCUUUGUGCAGGAUCAGCCGUGAACCCUCCACCAACUUUACCUACUCAUGUGUCUCGUCGCUUGAUGAUUACCCAGAACCUACUCAAACGACAGUCACAAGAGCUGCAACAGGCUCACGAAGAAAACAAACGACUCGUGUCCCUUGUCGCCCCCAUGAAUUCAGUGAUCAAAAAAUUCAGGGAUGAGUAUACGCCUGAGCUAAGGAAUCUUCAUGACGCUAUCGGCGUGCUCAAGAGAGAGUUUGCUUUUUACCAAGAAGAGUUCGUGAUAGAAGCUAGAAAGAGUAUUGAUAAUAUUGCAGCGCAAAAAUUGAAAGUUCAACAAAGAAUUGAUGACAUAGAGAGGAAGCACAUGCUCUUGAACGCCCGAAUAGAUCUUCAUGUUAAAGAAAAAGAGCUAUCGAAGAACGCGCAGAUGGUUAUCUGAGGGACAUAAGUUCGCGUGAUCGUGACGUUAUUCUUGCAAACAAAGCACGUAACAGGGCUGAGCGGAAGCUUAAUGACACACUUUAUGUC